UUCAGGCACUUUCCAGCCGGUUCUGUGUUUGUUGUGUGUUUGUUGUGGGGGCAGCUGUCAGAUUAUCGGACGGUGCGGACCAGGGAACUCAUGGCUACAGUGGAGCUGGCACCCCUGAGACCGUGGGACGACUUCUACCCCGGCUCGGAACGAUUCGCAAAACCAGACGUGCGAGAUUUGGCCAAAUGGAACAACAGGGUCGUGAGCAACCUGCUCUAUUAUCAGACUAACUAUCUGGCCUUGGCCGUCACUGUGUUCCUCAUCGUGGGGUUCAUGAACCCUCUGGGGAUGUUCACAGCCAUGGCCGUGGUGUCCGUGGUCUUCCUGGGUUCCCUGUGGGCUGGGGAGAACCGGGCCGCCAUCAACAGCUUCAAGAGGCAGAACCCCACGGCGUUCGUGAUCGCCGUCAUGGUGGCCAGCUACUUGUUGAUCUCCAUGCUGGGGAGCGUCAUGGUUUUCAUGACAGCGAUCACGUUACCUCUGGCUUUGAUAUUUGCACACGCGUCCUUUCGCCUCCGCAACAUGAAGAACAAACUGGAGAACAAGAUAGAAGGGGCCGGGCUGAAGAAGUCACCCAUGGGCAUCCUGCUGGAGGCUCUGGGUCAGCAGGAGGAGAACUUCCAGAAGAUCCAGAGCUUCCUGGAAGGGAAACUGAAGGAGUGAUGCAUGCAACAACAAAUAUGUGAAUCUCUCAGUGUAAAACUCAAAAACUCUGGUUGGUUGGGAAGGAAAGGGCUUCAUCGUUUCCUCAGGGUAUCUGUCACUCCAGCCAGAACUUGUCAGGGCACUUUUCCUCUGGUGCGAUGAGGUUCAUCUCGUCUCAUUUUUCUGCUAUGCAACUUGCAAGUGUUCCUGUACAGCUGCGAACUAAAUAUGAAAUCUGUGUUUAAUCAGUUCUGCCGGUUUGCACUCGACCGACAUUGUGAAAGCAGCGUCUGUGCUGCCCUGUAACAAAGAAUAAAAUGUGCACACUCGACACACUUUACUGCCAAGAAACUCCAAAGGCUCGACUGUUUCGAGUCUUUGACUAAUCCGCUCUCAUAAAGUGUAACACUCAAUAGAAAAGCCUCAUGUUUGUCUAAAUAAUAAUAAUAAUAAAAGAGCCAGGACAAAAGAUGAA